AUGAUCAGCCUGCAUGUGGACGAUGAUGUACGGUUUGUGAGAAGAAACCUGAAAGUCAAAAAGCCUCGAUUUGAUGCAUCCUUGGUUUAUUUGACCCGAAAAUUCAUGGACCUUGUCAAAACAGCUCCAGACGGUGUCCUUGAUUUAAAUGAAGUAGCAACAACGCUUGGAGUACGAAAAAGAAGAGUGUAUGACAUCACCAAUGUGUUGGAUGGAAUCCACUUAAUUCAGAAAAGAUCUAAGAAUCUUAUCCAGUGGGUAGGUUCUAAUCUUGACCAAGUUGUCGGAAAAGCACGAGAGCAGCAAAACCUUAAAGAUGAACUUUCUGACUUGUCAGCUAUGGAAGAAGCUCUGGAUGAAUUAAUCAACGAUUGUGCUCAUCAGUUAUUUGAACUAACAGAUGACAAAGAAAAUGCAAAACUAGCUUAUGUGACAUACCAAGAUAUACGUAGCAUUCAGGCAUUUCAAGAACAGAUUGUGAUUGCAAUCAAAGCUCCAGAGGAAACCAAAUUGGAAAUACCAGUUCCUAAAGAAGAUUGCAUAGAAGUACAUAUGAAGAGCACGAAAGGACCCAUUGAUGUGUAUCUGUGUGAGGUGGAACAAGAGAAGCCAGAUGCCAAAAGUUUUGAAGAUGUGGAUACCGUCACUUCUGAAACUGAGCCAUCGGUUCCUCCUGAGGAAGUGAGAUCUCCGGGGGAAGAAAAAAAAGAAACCACCUGA